AUGGCUGGAACACAUCCAUACAAUGCUUUUGAUGAAGAUCAGAGAAUCUUUAUCCUUGAUCUAGCAAACAUAUUCAAUAAUCCCACACAACAAUUACGGCCAUUUUACAGGUAUUGCUAUAUAUGUCAUAAUACGAACCAAUGUCGACAAUAUAUUGAAAACACAUUGAACAUAACAUUUGUUGUUGUUAUAAUAUUCUAUAACAAUGCACAGAUAACACAGGAUAUACAACAAUUAAUUCAUACUGUUAUACAAAACAAUCAACAAGUUGAUUCGUGCCAUAUUUUUUCUAAUGUUAAUCACAAUUGGUGGGAUCAAUUACCUCGCUCAAAGAAGUUUCCAUCAGCAAAUUUGAUUACAAAUACGACAGUAUUGAAAAUUCGGCAAAUAUGUUCAAUGGCAUGUGAUGAGUUCAUUGAUGAUUAUACAGAAAGGGCUGCUGAUAAUCAGAGAAAUCAGCAAUAUGUGGAAGCACAAUCAUUAUAUGAUAAAGCACACGAGAGACUUUUAGCUGUUAUCGAAUUUAACCAAAGCAGGUUAGCGUUUAUUGAUCAGGCACAAGAAAUAAUAUCAGAACGUCUUUCUAAUUGA